AUGUCUCGCGACCCGAUAACCUGCCACGUUCUAAACACCUUAACGGGCACGCCCGCCGCAAACCUCCCUGUCACCCUCACACUCCUUUCAAGCCCCUUCCCCGCAGCCACCAGCCAUGUCAGCUUCACCGCAACAACAAACGCAGACGGCCGCGUAGCGAGCUGGACACCGGUUACAGAGGCAUCCGCAUCCGUAACCGCAUCUGCCACAGUGCGCCUUCCCGACAUACUUGCAUCCCUCCCCGCACCCGACAGCAAGACAAACUGGGCUCUACGAUUCGAGGUCGGGCCAUGGUUUGAGGCCCAGGGCGUCGAGAGUUUCUGGCCAGAGGUUGAGGUCAAGUUUACGGUCAAAGGGCGCGGAAAGGAGGGCACAGCUGCGCAAAUGGCCGCAUUUGUCUAG